GAUAUUUAGCAUGCUUUAGAUCACUGGCUUCUGGUUCCUAGGAAUAUAACUGGACGGAGUAUAUACUCUAGUAGAUGAAAACGAGAUUUUUACAUUUUUAUUCAAAUAUAUAUGCAAAUGUAAGAAAAACUCCCCCCCCCAGUGAACAAAGUAUUGCGCCGUCCAGUAUAUUUAUAGAUCAGAGGUAUAUACGAAUGCAAUUUGUACGAAAUUAUGUAUGUCUUUGUUUGCAUGUAGAGCGCAAAAUCCGAUUUAUAUGACACGACGCAAUUAGCCUGAUGCAACUCAAUUCAGUAUGUUUAAAUUAUGUUUAUAGUACAGACAUGUAAAUUUUUCCAAAAAUUAUCCGAUUUUAACUUAUGUUUGCUAUUUAGUCAACGUCAACAGCUCUCAAUCCAUUUGUUGACGAGAGAAUAUCUCGCCAUACGUCGUACUUCCUUGUUAGCUGUGCACAAGAUGGUCGAAAUGUAAAGACAAAAAUUCGUGUUGUUUUUGGCCUGCUGUCUGUCACACUCAGUCACAGACAUAGGUCACAGAUGCUGUGGCGCGGGCAAAGCAUUCUGCGCAUACGCACUACACAUACUGAUAUUUUAAAACUAAAACGUUUCCUACAAACAUUUAGGUAUCACCACCGCAUUGAAUCAUAACAGUAUGUCAAAGCAAUGGCAUAUCGUAAUUUUCACAACUUUGCGAUGACACGAGAUUGCGAUGUUUGCAAAUUGCAAAGCAAUUUUCCAAGCAGAUUUUCUAAGGCAAAUCCGCCUUACGUUAUUAUAAUACACUAAGACAAUGACGUAAUCUUACGUGCAACAUUGUUUGCUGGGUUGCCUAAUGCCUAUGGUGCAACUUCCUCUUUGAGCUUACUGUGCUCAUCAAUGCUCACUCACUACAGUCAACAAAAAAUUCGUUCGAAUUUCACGAAAUGCCGAUUUAUUACAGCCUAAUCGCUCGAGGUAAGACAGUAUUAGUCGAUCAUUCAGAAAACACAGGAAAUUUCCCACAGAUCGCUCAAACUAUACUCGCAAAAGUACCGAGAAAAGAUACAAAAUGCACUUAUAUUUCUGGAAGCUACCAUUUUCAUGUCAUGACUGAAGACAGCUUGGUGUAUAUAUGUAUGACAGAUGAAGUUGAAGACAAACUAGUUCCCUACGUGUUCUUAGAUGAGAUCAAGCUUCUUUACCAUGCUGAGAGAUUGACGCGAUCAGUGUUAUCUUCACGAAUGGAAUUGUUCAAUUCCAAAAGUAGCCAGGAUUACUUGACAACAGUUCAAAAUGAUCUAGAAGACGCCAAAAGGGUUAUGAUUGAAAAUAUUGAACAAAUCCUUGAACGAGGUACAGAUGAAAGAAUUCCCAUUUUGCGGGAUGAAGCAGAGGAACUCGACUACAAUGCCACAGCAUUCAGAGCAAGCGCGGUACAAAUUCGUCGAAAAAUGCGGUGGCAAAACACUAAAAUGUGUCUCAUACUUCUUGCGGUCGUUGUUAUCAUAUUGACAAUAAUUGUAGUGGUUGUUCUUGACCAAACUGGAAACCUCAAGUAGAUAUUCUGCAUGCAAUACAUCACUGGCUUCUGGAGUGUCUGGAUCCUAGGAAUAUAACUGAGUAUAUACAUCAUAAUACAUUAUAUAAUUAUAAUACAUUAUAUAAUUAUAUAAUUAUAAACAAUAUAAUAUAGCUACUCACUGCAUACGAGCUAUUCCGCAAUCUGAUUGGUUUUGUUACCCACCGUAUAAUUUAUGAGCUGAUAUACGGUGGGUAGCAAAACCAAAGAAAAAGCAAAAUGGCUGACCGUUUUCCUGAGGUAAAUAAAGAAGAAAUUGACAGAAUUCAACUAAAUGGUAUUCAAGAGAAUGGCUCAACAAAUGGUAUUUGGCUAUAUUAUAAAACAAUUAUACCACUCGCUCUCGUCGUAUAUGGCUGAUGGCCAGGUUAUCAGCUCACAUUCGACUCGAGCUCGUGGCCGUAUAAUUCUUAAGUAGACUGUGAUUUUAAAUAUGAAGCGUAAUUCUCAUGUUCAUUUCAAAGCCACCGAUGAAAAGUAUAUUGCUACAUUGCUGCAGUGAUGCCAUGCAACCAAGUCCGAUUUAAAAAUAAAAAUAAAUACACAUCCGGACUAUUUUAGAUCGGUGAAAUGACAUUCUCGGAACAAUUACAAUGAACCAUCGUAAUUAUCGCUACUCUGGUUUUAAACUUUAAUAAAAUAAUGAAAGUAAUCACCACACAAGGAUUACAAUGAAAUAGAAACUAUACUCGGCUUAUUUGCUGAGCUUUAACUUUUAAUUUUUAAAUUACGCUUUCCGUAUGUUAAUAAUAAUUAGCUACAUCAAGAAUAUCAGAAUAACUGGACAAAAAAUAACAUUAAAUUUACGAUUGUAUAUGCUUGUUUUUGUGAUGAACUGUCCAAUCGAAGUAAAAAAAUAUGUGGAAAGGACGAUGACAAGGUCGACGAUGAAAAAGGUUGACGUUCUUUACCCAUUAACAAUUUAGCCUAACCGAAGCUUGUCGAAAUGAAAUGCGGAAACUUUCCCAGAAAUUGUUUAGGAGAAUCUUCUCCGCUUUUCAUGCUAAUUAUUAUUGAAGCCAUCGUCUUCGGUCAUCUCAGAGGAGAAAGCUAGAGUAAACGUUCUCCAGGGCGUUUAAAAGCACAAUUUUCAACCGACUUAGUGGAAUAAAGCUACGUUUUUCACAUGUAUACCAGGUAAAUUUCCUGCCAGAACCCGAAAACAAUUUCUCGUCAGUCGUCAGGGAAAAAUUAAUUUCAUGACAAAGAUGGGGCGAUAAAAUACAAUUUGAAUGAUAUGGUUGAUCUCAGUUGUUGGUCUAUGUAUAUAUAGAACCAGUAAUAUAUGGAAAGAGUUUUUUUCAUGAAAACAGGUUUUAGGGACCGUCUCUCAAUCAGUAAAUAUGGAAAAAGGGUGGUGGAUGAGAAAGUGAUAGAUAUAGUAUUAAAGUUAUGUUGCAUUGAUUGAAAUGUACCGGGGUCGUGAAAAUUGUGUUGUUAAAAAGAGGAGUCUUGAUUUUCGUCAGCAACGUAUAGUUUUUCUUUGUCUGAGCAACCACAAGGUUUUCUCGUCCGGAGUGUUUUAAUUAGUAGUGUUAUGGUAUUUCACAUUUAUACUUUAGGAAGACCUUUAAAUAUCACAAUUAAGGUAUUUCAUAGUAAAUUUCAUUAUAGAAAAACGUUUUUUGUCCUUAAUGUGGGGUGUUCAAGAAAUGUAAGAUGAACAAUCAAGAAUCUACGAAGCACCUUUGGGUUUGUCUACCUUAUUCUCAUGACAUAUCCGCGUUUUAUUGAUCCGUUUAUGUUUGUAUCUAAAUCAAUCAGUUUGUAAAACACUACAUGGUUUACUCACGAACCUGCCUGUUUAUUGCAAUCGUGCAUGCUUAUCGAUGCGUGUUAUGAAAUUUGUACACCGCCAAAUCGCGUCAUGCCUAUAUAUUAAAUUGAACUAUUUAUGAAACAGAAAUGGCGGUCGGUAUUACAUUCACAAGCAACACGAAGUUAAUUUCUUUUGGACCGUUCAUUGAGAGGAUGAAAGCUGGUUUGUAUUACUGCUUUACAUAUAUUUUUAUUUUCAAUUGGGUACCUGUUUAUUUCAGCCUUUGGAGUCACAGGCGUGAAGACAUCUGCUUCGUGUUCACACCGGCAAACUAAAGUAGUAACAAGGAUAGACAGCAGAAUAGAAAAGAAGAGAAAUUUUUAUUCUAAAUUCCCAUUCAAAUGUAUUCUGUAACAAUGUAAUGUUGAAUUCUAGUUUUCCGUAUUCAUUAGGCAGAUCGCUGCAUAAUCAGUUCAACUUCAUGCUCAGAAAUAUACAAACGUAAAAUGUUGUAAAUUUUCUUAUCAAAAUAAGGUCUCGUAAACUGGAGGAAAUGCCGGAAAUUUUUCUAUAGACUUACGUGUCAUUUCGCAAAUUUAAAAUCGUAAAGAGUCGGACCUGAAAUAUUUAACCCCUUCCCCCACAAAAUAAUUUCAAAUAAGCGUCUCUGCGCCUAUAGGGAUAUCUUCACGGUUACUAACGCGAGGUGACACGGCUUGACGUGAUGUCUUACUAAUGAUGAAUAAAAAACAAAAACAUUCUCUCUGAUUUCCAGGUAGAUGAAUUCAGCUGAAUUAUGAGCACAAGAUUUUUGACUGUAGUGUUACCGAUAUUCUAUAUAUGCUUCGUGCGCUACUUAAGUCUUGCGCUGAACAACACGAAUGACACAUCAGUUGUGAUAGUGGAUAGAAUUGGUCUAGUUGGGGCGAUUCCUGUGAAGGACUUGAUAUACAAAACGGUCAUCGCUUGCGAGGGUCAAAAACUCUUCAUUGAAUGUCCCAGUAUCUACAAUCGGAUUCAGGUCCAUGCUACUUUCUACGGACGUGAAGACGCGAAAACCUGUAAACAUCCGGAGCUGCCCAGCGACAAAAUAUGCGCCGAUCAAAACGCAACCGUCAAAAAUGUCGUCACGGAUCUGUGCCAAGGGGAAGAGAAAUGCGAGAUUUCCGCGACUAACGAUUUCUUGGCGCACCAAGGGACCAUUAUAUGCCCGAAUGUUUAUAAAUAUUUGUACGUUAAAUAUAGGUGUGUUCCUAGGACUAGCAUACCAGAUGCUCCGAGUAUAUCACCAGAAGAUCGUGUUUCAUCAGUAACCAGUGCAGUGACCACGAAUUAUGCACCGGUGCAAUGCUGUUAUGUAGUACCAAGCAGUGUUGGCACAACGCAGACCGCUAGCAGAGUGGGGGGUACCAUAAUAAGGCACAGCCAAGGGGUGCAGUCAGUUGAAGAGAGGAUUGUUUCUGAAAUACCUCAAGGUACCAUCAGUGGUCAUACAAUACAAAUAUCAGAUACAAGACCUGCUGUAAUCCCAAAUCAACGAAUUCCAAUAACAAUACCUGUAACAAUCCCUUAUCAAAAAAUCACAGUUACGAAACCUGCGAUAAGACCAGUUCAGCAAAUCACGAUCACCAAGCCUACGGCUACUAUAAAACCAGCCCGACAAGUAUCAUUUACGAAACCUGGGAUAGGAUCAGAUCAACAAAUCCCAGUUACGAAUCCAAGAAAGGUGACAGAUGUAAUACAAAAGCCGACAACGCAGCUCCCAAAUAUUCCAAUCGCCCGUAUUCAUCUGCCAGGAAUUUCAAAACUGGAACUAAGCACACUGAUAAAGGACGGAGGGAAAGAACAUGAGAUUAAAUUGGAAUCACCACAGCUGAGGAGCAUUAUUGGGGAACAGAAGACUGGUGAUGGUAUAGGACCAUAUUUAUUCCCAAGAAACAAGGCACAAUUUGUGGCUUCGACACAAAGAGAAGUGGCGAAAACUAGCGGAAAAGGAAAACAUCCCAUAUCCGUUGUAUCACCACUGAUACGAAAAAAUAUUUGGGGACUUCAGAAAAAGAGUGACGUAAUUCGAUCGUAUUUACUCUCAAAACAAAAAAAUUUUCUUAGAACAAAACGUAAAAUUAUAAAAAAUAAUAUAGGAAGAAUAGAAGUGACUAAAUAAAUUCAAGCAGAUAAGUUUCGCCAGAUGCCUGAAACAUGCCACACAAAGUAAGGAAUAACCGGUAGAAUCACUCAAUUAAAAACCAUUUGAAGUUUGUUUUUAGAUAGGAUCUAUCGUUUUCCUCUUCCAUAUCGGCAAUACGUAUGUUGUUUCUAAUUAUUUCGAUCGAUUGUAUUCUACAUAAAUGAAUACAACUGGAACGCUAUUUUCGAUAAUUUUUAUGGGGUUAUUAGUUAGAACAUUAAAGAGAAGUAAAAUGUAGCAUCUCAUCAACUUAUUUAUAUUCAUUUGAAUAUUAG